AUGGAAAUGGCUGAUCAGUACGGCCUACCUGAUCUCCGGCGGUUUCUAGCCAGGAGAACCCAUUUUCCGGCAACCUUGCCACAAACCUCUGAACCAUACCUUCCUCAAAGAAACAUGGCUCCAUUAGCUCCAUACCAUGAAGCCUUCAUGCUGAGCAAUGGGAUGGCAAUGCCUAGUGGUUUGGUUAGGUUUAGCCAUGGCCAUUUCGUAGGUGCUUCUGCCACCAGUGCUAUUGCUUCUUCAGCUUCUGCUUCUGUUGCUGCUGCGGCUUCUCGUCCUUGUGCAGCAGUGUUUGGAGUUGAGAUGGAGAGUAGUGGAUGGAGUCUGGGAAAUAUCGAUGUUGGCAAGAGUCGGUGGCCGAGGCAAGAGACUAUCACUCUGCUGGAGAUCAGAUCUAGACUUGAUUCCAAGUUCAAGGAGGCUAAUCAGAAAGGACCCUUGUGGGAUGAAGUGUCUAGAAUAAUGUCGGAGGAGCAUGGGUACCAGAGAAGUGGGAAGAAAUGUAGAGAGAAGUUUGAGAACCUUUACAAAUACUACAAGAAAACUAAGGAAGGUAAAGCUGGAAGACAAGACGGGAAAAAUUACAGGUUCUUUCGACAACUGGAAGCCCUUUAUGGUGAAACAAGCAAUCAAGGUUCAGUCUCAGAAACCAACCUUGCUCAAAGGACUCUUUUUUCCCAGACUCAAAGCAAUGCAAUGAACCAAGAAAAGCAAGAAUCCAUGCAAGAACGGAAACUAAGUGAGAGCCUUAGUUUCUCCAAUGCAUCUGAAUUUGAGACUUCAUCGUCGGAAAACAAUGGUGAUGACCUUUCAGCUGUUGCUUUUAUGAUGAAACAGUCAAUGGAGAAUCAGAAGAGUGGAAGCAAGAAGGGAUGGAAAACGAAGGUGAAGGGCUUUGUGGAGUCACAGAUGAAGAAGUUAAUUUUUUCACAAGAUGUUUGGAUGAAAAGAAUGUUGAAGAUCAUUGAAGAUAAAGAGCAAGAGAGAAUGUCGAAAGAGGAAGAAUGGAGGAGACAAGUGGCUGCUCAGUUUGAUAAGGAACUCGAGUUCUGGGCCAAGGAAAAAGCUUGGGUUGAAUCUCGUGAUGCUGCAUUAAUGGAGGUUUUGAAAAAGUUCACAGAGAAAGGGCUAGAAGUUUCAUCCUCAGCAGAAGCGCCUUUGACCAAAAACCACGAUGAGAUUAACACAAACAAAUGGACUGAACAUGAAGUCUCUAGCUUGAUACAGCUUAGGAAAAGCUUGGAACCAAGAUUCCUGGAAACUGGGUCUUCAAGGCAAAGCUUGUGGGAAGAAAUAGAAACAAAAAUGGUGAGUUUGGGGCAUAGGCGUGAAGCAGUUGAGUGUAAAGAGAAGUGGGACAAUAUGCAGAUGUACUUUGACAUGACAAAUGCUGAGUGUUACAAGAAGCGCAAAGAGGAUUUCAGGAGCAUCAAUUAUUUUCAUCAGCAGCUUGACUCAAUUGUUGGCCAAGAAAAUAAGACCAAUUAUACUGUGAAAGACCAAGCCAUGGAUUCAUCACCUUCACAUUCUUAUGACAUCAAUUCAUUUCAGAUUGCUGCAGUAAACCAAGGAGACCAACGCUUUUGGGACAGGUAUGGAAUAUUGAAGCUGGGAAACGGAAAGAAUCAUCAAAUUUAG